AUGCUACAAUUCUCAACAUUUCUAGUGCUCCUAUACAUCUCCAUAUCCUAUGUGCUACCGCUAUAUGCAACUUCACAACCAGAAGGGUCUAAACGAGAUAAUCCUCGAACGAUUAAAUCUCGCAUGCAAAAACUUACAAUUAUGCUAAUUUCCAACCUUUUUUUGGUGCCUUUUUUACAAUCUCAAUUAUCUAGUACCACUUCACAUAUAAGUUUCAAGGACGCAUUUUUAGGCUUAGGUAUUAUCCCAGGUUAUUACGCUGCAUUGCCAAACCCUUGGCAAUUCAGCCAGUUCGUGAAAGACUUAACGAAAUGUGUUGCGAUGUUAUUGACCUUAUAUUGUGGACCCGUUUUAGAUUUUGUAUUAUAUCAUUUAUUAAAUCCAAAGAGCUCUAUACUUGAAGAUUUUUACCAUGAAUUCCUGAAUAUUUGGAGUUUCAGGAAUUUUAUAUUUGCACCAAUAACUGAGGAAAUAUUUUACACGUCAAUGCUUUUGACUACGUACUUAAACCUAAUACCGCAUUCGCAACUAAGCUAUCAACAGUUAUUUUGGCAACCAUCGCUUUUUUUUGGACUUGCGCACGCACACCAUGCUUAUGAGCAAUUACAGGAAGGCUCCAUGACAACUGUUUCCAUUCUGCUGACAACAUGCUUCCAAAUUUUAUACACAACACUUUUUGGAGGGUUAACCAAGUUUGUAUUCGUAAGAACAGGCGGGAACCUAUGGUGCUGCAUAAUCCUGCAUGCCCUUUGCAAUAUCAUGGGGUUUCCUGGUCCUUCAAGAUUGAAUUUACAUUUCACAGUAGUAGACAAGAAAGCUGGACGCAUUUCCAAAUUGGUCUCAAUCUGGAAUAAGUGCUACUUCGCACUGCUGGUCCUUGGAUUAAUAUCCCUGAAGGAUACCUUACAAACUCUGGUAGGAACUCCUGGUUAUAGAAUAACCCUUUAG